GGUCUGCUUCUCCACACUAGACUCCCAUCAUCCCUCCGAGCUGGAGGAACAAGCAGGACCCUGUGUGCGGAUUCUUGGAUAGAUAACAGCGCAGCACAGCCGGGAAGAUGGAUGUUCUGUUUCCUGUAGUUCUUCUUUGCACUGCGAAUGUCCUCAGCGGAGCAUCAGCCGCGUCUCACUAUAAUUGCAAUGGUCCUCUCGCAUCAGCAUUACCACACUCAUCGUUUCAGAGCUCAUCUCAGUCCUCGGCCAGUUAUUCUGCCUUCUACGCCAAGCUCAACAGGAGAGAUGAAGCAGGAGGUUGGUCUCCAAUGGUGACAGACCAAGACCCCUGGCUCCAAGUGGACCUCCGGGAGCAGAUGGAGGUGAUGGCUGUGGCUACACAGGGACGCUACGACAGCUCGGACUGGGUCAGCAGUUACCUACUGCUCUACAGCGACACGGGUCGCAUCUGGAAGCAGUAUAGGCAUGAAGAUGGAUUGGAGAGGUUUGAUGGGAAUGUGAAUUCAGAGACUGUUGUCCAGAACAAGCUGUCCCACCCGGUGAAGACACGUUUCCUGCGUUUUGUCCCUCUUGACUGGAACCCCAGCGGGUGGAUGGGCCUGAGAGUGGAGGUGUUCGGAUGUUCCUACAAAUCGUAUGUGGCCGAUUUUGAUGGCAGAAGCUCUCUUCUGUAUCGGUUCAACCAGAAGUCCAUGUCAACAGUGAAGGAUGUUAUUUCUCUGCGCUUUAAGAGCCACCAGGCUGAGGGGGUCUUACUGCAUGGAGAGGGGCAGAGAGGAGACUACAUCACACUGGAGCUGCACCGAGGAAGACUGGACCUCUAUCUCAACUUAGAUGAUAUCAGGUCAAGGUUCAGCAGCCGCCGUGUUCCAGUUACUGUGGGCAGCCUGCUGGAUGACCAGCACUGGCACUCUGCUCACAUCGAGCGCUUCAACAGGCAGGUCAACCUCACUGUAGACGCCCACACACAGCACUUCCAAACCAAAGGGGAAGGACAGUCUCUGGAGGUGGACUACGAGCUGAGCUUUGGAGGAAUUCCUCUGCCUGGGAAACCGGGCACCUUCCUCAGGAAGAACUUCCAUGGCUGCAUAGAGAACCUCUACUAUAACGGAAUCAACAUCAUAGACCUGGCUAAGAGACGCAAGCCACAGAUACACAGUGUGGGCAACGUGACCUUCUCAUGUUCGCCGCCCCAGCUGGUGGCCUGCACCUUCCUGAGCUCCAGCAGCAGCUUCCUGUCGCUCCCGUCUGCUGCUCCCCCCACCGGGGAAUUCACUGUUCGCUUCCAGUUCAGGACCUGGAACCCCGACGGGCUUCUGCUCUCGGUGCAGCUAAACCCCAGCCCACAGAAACUAGAGCUGCAGAUCAGCAACAGCUGGCUUCAUUUGACCCUCCACAGCACAGGGCGACAGAGAUCAGAGGUUUCUGCUGGUCGCAGAGUCAACGACGGAUUGUGGCACACAGUGAGUCUUGCCAGUAGGAAUCUGCAGAUCACUCUGAGUGUGGAUGGUGAGCCUUCAUCCAACGUUGAGCUUUGGGAACCGGUGGAAUCAAGAGGCAGCUUCUACGUUGGAGGCUGUCCGCCCACAGAGUGUCACAUCCAAGCUCCUGCCUUCCAGGGGUGCAUGCAGCUUAUAUCCAUCAACAAUCACCUGGUGAAUCUCAGUCAUGUGCAGCAAGGAUUGCUAGGAAAUUAUAAUGAGCUCCAGUUUGACACAUGCAAUAUGAAAGACAGGUGCCUGCCCAACCUCUGCGAACAUGGCGCCCGCUGCUCCCAGACGUGGAGUUCUUUCUCCUGCGACUGUUCGGGAACUGGAUAUUCCGGAGCCACGUGUCACAACUCUAUCCACGAGUCAUCCUGCGAGGCCUACAAGCUGAGCGGCAGCUCCUCAGGCUUCUACUUCAUCGAUCCAGAUGGGAGUGGUCCCCUGGGGCCCACACAGGUAUACUGCAACAUGACAGAAAAGAAAGUAUGGACGGUGUUGUCCCACAACAACUCAGCUCCAGUAAAAGUUCAGAACUCCUCUCCCCAGAAGCCUCACAUCAUGAGGUUCAGCUACAACGCAUCAGCCGACCAACUUCGCGCCAUUGUGACUGGAGCAGAACAGUGCCAACAGGAAGUAGUUUACAACUGCAGGAAGUCACGUCUCUUCAAUACAAAGGAUGGAAGCCCGCUGUCCUGGUGGCUGGAUCGCCAAGGAGACAAAAGGAGUUACUGGGGGGGCUUCCUGCCUGGAGUGCAGCAGUGCUCCUGCAGCCUGGAGGAGAACUGCAUGGACAUGAAUUACUUCUGCAACUGUGACGCUGACACAGACACAUGGACUAAUGACACAGGCAUCCUCUCCUACAAAGACCACCUUCCAGUGAGUCAGAUUGUGAUCGGAGACACCAACAGGACUGGAUCGCAGGCUGUCUACCAUGUCGGCUCUCUGCGUUGUUAUGGAGACAAGUCUAUAUGGAACGCAGCGUCUUUCUACCAGGAGUCCUCCUACCUGUACUUCCCCACCCUACAGGCGGAGCUAGCCUCAGACAUCUCCUUUUACUUCAAGACUAGCUCUCCCUCAGGAGUGUUUCUGGAAAACCAGGGCCUGAAGGACUUCAUCAGGGUGGAGCUGAGCUCUCCAACAGUGGUGACUUUCUCUUUUGAUGUGGGCAACGGUCCGGCAGUCCUGUCCGUAAAGUCCCACCUCCCUCUGAAUGACAGACAAUGGCACUAUGUGAGGGCAGAGCGGAAUGUGAAGGAGGCCUCCCUGCAGGUUGACCAGCUGCCCCUUCGCCUCCUGCAGGCUCCAGCUGAUGGACACCUCCGCCUCCGGCUCAGCAGCCAGCUGUUUGUUGGGGGAACAGCGUCCCAGCAGAGAGGCUUCUUGGGCUGCAUCAGGUCUCUUAUGGUCAACGGCAUGACCUUUGACCUGGAGGAGAGGGCUAAAAUGACCCCUGGGGUGAGCUCUGGCUGUCCAGGGUACUGCAGCGGCUCCAGCAAUCUUUGUCACAACCGAGGCCGCUGCGUCGAGAAGAGCAACGGUUACAUCUGCGACUGCUCACAGUCUGCAUAUGGAGGAGCCACCUGCAACCAAGAGGUGUCUGUGUCCUUUGACAGAGAUUCUUCAGUGACCUACACCUUCCAGGAGCCCUUCUCAGUGAUGCAGAACAGAAGCUCUCAAGCUUCUAGUGCAUUCACCGAGAGCAGGGCCAGAGAGGACAUGGCCUUCAGUUUCGUUACCUCCCAGAGGCCGGCCAUGCUGCUGACCGUCAGCACCUUCACUCAGCAGUACAUUACAACCAUCCUGGCCAGAAAUGGAAGCCUUCAGAUCUGGUAUCAUCUUCAGACAGAGAGAAGUCCAGAUGUGUUCAAUCCUACCCCCAAAAAUCUGGCAGAUGGGCGUCUCCAUCGAAUCAGAAUCCACAGAGUUGGCAAAAACCUCUAUGUGCAGAUCGACCAGGACAUCCACAGAAAGUACACACUGUCAUCUGAUGCAGAGCUGAUCUUAAUCAGAUCCUUGACGCUGGGCAAAGUCAUCAGGAUGGACAGCUUUGGUGAAGAGGUGAUGAAAGCUGCUUCCAAAGGUUUCGUCGGCUGUCUCUCCUCAGUGCAGUUCAACCAUGUUGCUCCACUCAAGGCAGCACUGACCAAUCGGGGAAGCUCCCUCAUCACUAUUCGUGGCCCUUUGGUCCAAUCAAAUUGUGGAGCUUUGGCUGAAUCCACCUCACACGUUCUGCAAGAUCAAGCUGCAAAUGAAGAUAAGGAGCAGCACGACAGCAACGCCCAGAAGGAUUUGGCUGUAAUAGCAGUGCUUCUUGAGCCCAGUUUCCAGGCAACAAACCGUGAGUCCAUGUUACAAAUCUGCCUCAUGUUUAUCAAAAAGACAUGAAAGUGUGACUAACCUGCUCACUGAACUUGCCCAGAAGGACAAAACAAUGUUUCUCACUCAUUUCUAAAGUUCCCUUUAAACAGGGGAUAAGAUAAAGGCAAGAUUAAUUUAAGGAAGUUUAGCAUGAGGUUUUAUUUCAGGCGCCUGCUGAGUCUGAUGCUUUAUUGUCUCUACCUGCUAAAAGGUGGUGUUCCUAAAUGUGUGACAUGUUAACAUUAAGUUGCUCUUUUUCCCUUAUUAGCUCAAAAAGAAGCAAAUUCACGAUGUAUCCUGAACUUCAUCAGUCCUCAUCAGUUAUUUACAUGUUUAGAAUGAAGUGAAAUAGAAACUGAAAAACUGUUCAGACCUACUGUGUGGCCAGGUUGGGAUUGCCUGUCACCUGAUGUGGUUAAAUAAUCUUCAGAGCUCCAUGCAGCAACAGACUUCAGAGAGCAACAAAGUUGCUCCUGCUAACCUCUAAAAUCCAGACCUGACCAGUUUGUUUCUCUAAAUCUAAAGUGAAAUCACAGCAAAAAUAAAUAGCACAGUAUUUAAAGGAUGUGAAUACUUUCAGAAUCAACAAUAAUUCGAUCAGUGAUGCAUGAAAAAAGUGUCAGUCCAUAUCUGAUCAACAUUCCUUGUAAAAAAGAAAGAGAACUGGACACUUUCAUUUCUGGUGGAUAAUUCUGUUUGUCGUGUGGAGAGUAUAAAACACAGCAGGCUGGGAACAGUAGAUUCCUUUUGUUCAAACCGAACCACAGUGAAGAAAAUCAUCCUCACAAAAACAUAGAAGACAUAGAAAUAGCUUUUUUCCAUCCAAACUCUAUUGCUUACAUCAAAAGUAAAUGGAAUGAAAAUAUGCUGCAUUCAUUCACUCACUCAUUCAUGCAUUCAUUUAUUCUGAAUGCCUUCUUUGGGAUGUAGUGGUUGACCUACAUUGUUACUGUAGAUUUAUGUUGUGUCACAUUAGUGUAGUUCAUUCACAAUAACAACUUCAGACCUUUUAUUAAAUUGUAAAAGUAAUAAUAAUUUUGAUAACUCUGGAUUAUGCAGAGAUUAAGCACCAUGUAGAACAUUUGUACUCUGGUUCACCCUCUACAGAGAAAUCAAUAAUUGAUGUUUAUGCUGUUUCUGUAAAUCUGUGGGCUUAAAGCUGCUGCCCUGUAUUUCUAUGGUGUAGACCCAAAGCUCUGCAUUUAAAAAUAAACUAACUUUGCUAACUGGACUAAGUGACCUUGUGAAGCUUCAGGACAUUGGAAAUAUUAACUUUUACAGAACUAGUUUCCAUUAAAAACACACUCCACAUCAGUCACUUUUUAGCCUGAAAUGCCAAUAGCAAAUGCAUAAGGAUGCUAAUGUUGCUAUCAUAGAAAUGCUGCAUUGGUUGCAUUCUGAAUAAAAGCAAACGUUUCAAAAAUAAAACCAGCAUGUUCUGGUUUACAUGUAGAAGUGAUACUUGGUUCAUUAUGCAGGACAUCUAAAGAGCCAGAUGUGACCCAGAUCUGAUUUAGAACAGUUCAAGCCUUUCAGGUACAAUAUCUAAAAUAUGACACUUCCUGGAAUCAAAUCAAUUGAAAGGCUUGCUCUGUUUAUCCUAAAAUACUGUAGUUUAUAUAACUUAGUUAUUUACGUCAAUUUUAAAAAGAUGAAAUGCUACUUUUCAUCUAUUGGUAGAUCUGUUCUGAGAGGUUUCUUUGGCUCAGGAUCAGACUGCUGCAGGUCACAGACUACAUGGCUCUUAAUCCAUAUCUCCACAACUGAAAAGACCAAAAUUCCCUUUGAUAUAUGGAGUCUGGUUUGUUUUGUUUAAACAGCCUUUGAGUUUCAAAGAGAAAAAUGUCCGAGCAUUUCCAGUAGAGCAAAACCCUGAUCAUCAAACUUGCCUUCAUUGGCAUUUCAUCUAAAACAGAACCUAAACACAGAACAGCACAUAUCUGAGUCUCUUUUAUAGGAUCUGGAAAGAGAUGAAACAGAAAACAAAGGUAUUGAUAAGCAGCCACAGCUUUAGGGAUCCAGGUGGUUCCUUUAUGAAUGAUUUACUGUGUUCAGUGGUGAACAUGGGAAUGUGGGAAUGCUGCUACUGUCUGAGUUCUGAGUGCUGGAUGUUUUUGUUCUGGAAGCUGAAAGUCUUCCUGCCUCCAGGCAUGACUUUCAACCUCCUGUCAUCAUCCUCUAAUGCUCCCUCCCUGCUGUGU